GGCUGUCCGUAGAGUUACUCGGAGAGACGUGCCAGGCUCAAAGAUGGCGGCCUCCAUGCGGACGCUGGCGGCAGGGUUUCUUUCCCGGCUGCAAGCUGCCGCUCCGCUAGUACGAACGUUGUCCAUUUCCCAUCCCUCGGCCCAAAAGUCUCCAGGGAGUCUGUGGAAACUGGGCCGACUCAACCACGUAGCAAUCGCGGUGCCUGAUUUGGAGAAAGCCAAGUCUUUGUACAAGGAGGUGCUAGGAGCUCCGGUGAGCGAGACCGUGCCUCUUCCUGAACACGGUGUCUAUACGGUAUUCGUGGAGUUGGGGAACACCAAGUUGGAACUAUUGCACCCGCUGGGAGACAAAAGUCCGGUGGCCAGCUUUUUGCAGAAAAACAAAGCAGGAGGGCUGCACCACGUCUGCAUCGAGGUGGACAAUAUUGCAGCUGCUAUAGCAGACCUGAAGAAGAAACAGAUCCGAGUAUUGAGUGAAGAGGCUCAAAUAGGCGCCCACGGGAAACCGGUGAUUUUUCUCCAUCCGAAAGACUGCGGUGGAGUCCUUGUGGAACUGGAAGAAGCCUGAGCUGUGAUCCUGGCUGCUGGAACAGGAAACUAACAGCCUCUGUGGCUCAGAUUCUGGGGUGGGUUUAAAAAUCAUAACUCCUGAUUAAGUGCUGAGUGGAGACUAUGGUGGUGGUGUGAAUGGCCGUGAGAAAGAAAAUUAAAGUUGCAAAUAUGGUUCUGGGGUAUCCUGUCCGCCCCCUUCCCAACUGGAAAGCUGCUCGGCCGACUGAACCUACCAAAAUAAUUUUUUUGUUUUCCAGGUGGUUUGGGACUGCCUAGCUGCACCACAACUUGAGUGCGUGUAAGGGUGUUUCCCCAUUGCCUGGCAAUUCCUGGGCAUAAUUUUGCAUCCCUUUGGUAGAUUUCUAAGUCAUCUUCCUGUUAUUUUGCUCCAUGUUUGCAAAUAAGAAAGAAAUAGAGAUUUUUUUCCUAGUAACCCGCUCCAGUGUUCCCUUAACGAAUCAAUCCCGAGGAAAUCAUGUUUUCUGCUGUCACCAUUCUAAGGACUGGCAUUGAUUGGUUCCUUCAGUUGGUCCGUUCGCUAAUAGGAUCCGUGUACGGGUGUCUGCAAUUGCUAAGCAAUUUCUUGUUGAUGGCUGUCAAUAAGCACCAUCUUUGCAAGUUGCCUUUUUGAUUCCUAAUGAGAAAUAGGCAUAGAUGAAACAGGGAUCUGGCGGAAGCGGUAUUUCAUUUCAAAUGUGCCUCAUUUACAUGGAUUUACGUGUUCUUAAUAGUUUCCAAUUAUUUUUAAUUGCCUGCAGGCCUGUAGUCCCUUUUGUCUAGUUUAACUAAUCACGAAUUACAAAAGAAGAUGUGUUUCCGGACUCAAGCAAUAGUCUACAAGUUUCCUGUGUGAAAUUUUAAUUUUCUGUCAAAUUUCAAAUCUCAGUAUCAAUUUUUGCAGUGGUUCAGUUUUCCUGCAAUACUUUAUUAAAACCGUGGCAGAAAUUUCAAAGUCAUAAAUCUCUGCCGCGGUUUUCAUUGAUAGGAAUAGUCUCAUAAAAAUCUUCACCUUUAUAGACGUUUUGGCAAGUGUGUAUAGAAGACACGCUUUUAUUGUUAACCCUUUAAAGCCGAUUCUGAAGAGGCAACGUACAAAGAACUUUAAAACAUAAAUGAAAUAAAUAUGUAAAGUUGG